AUGACAUCAAAUGGCAACUUCCUGGAGCGGCGUGUUGGCCUAUGUCGAAUGAUAGAUGUUCUGAUGACUUCCAUCAUUGUGGUUUCAUCGCUCAUUAUAGCCAUUCUCAUAGCCACAGCUCCAGGUACAUCUGACGCCGACUGCCUCGACAUCGCCGUGAUUGGCGGCGGCAUCGGGGGCGCCUACACAGGCUGGAGGCUGAGGGACAGAGACCUAUCUAUCUCUGUGUUCGAGUACUCCGACCGAGUCGGUGGGAGACUCUUCACAACUGACUUCCCUGCAGCUCCAGGGACGUACCUUGACUUCGGAGGGAUGAGGUUCAGGGCCAAUGCUCACCCUACUUUAAACAGAACGGCAACCGAAAUUGGGCUCAAGAUCGUAACGUUUGCAUUGGGAUAUGGAAAUGCAGAUGAGACAAUCUGGUACACUCGAGGCAAGCACAUGCGCAACACCGACCUUGGAACAAGUCGCACCCCUUACAGUCUUGCCUUACAGGAAAUGAAGACACCGGGCGCGUUGAUAUGGAGCCUCUUCAAGAACAACGUCAACUACAGCAAAAACACAUACCCCAGUCUAGACGAACUGUAUAAUAUGACGACCGUCGACGGUACCCCGCUCUACAAAAUGACUUUAGAUAACUUUUACGGGCGCUUCGCAAGUCGGGAGGCUUACAAGUACAUCUAUGACUUGGAGGGAUGGGCCGGCACUGUCGGUCGUCAAGGAGCUCUCCACAGUCCAAAGGCUACCGCUUCAUACCCUGGUGACACCGGUCCAUCUGAAGAAUUCAAAACAAUAGAUGGUGGUAUGGGGAAGGUGCCCCAGGCUCUCAUGGAAAAAUUCUUGAAUGCAAGUACGAGCCACAAGCUCCAUCUGAACCACCAGCUGCUGAAGAUAGAGAGGAGGCAGUCUGGAGGGUACAACCUCAGAUUCAGAAAGACUCACACAACAGAUGGAAUAACGACUCAGAAACAAUUCAGUACAGACGUGACAGUGUGUGCCAGAAAGGUUGUGUUGGCGGCCCAACAGAGAUGCAUACAGGAGAUUGACAUCCCAAUGUUCAAGAGCAAUCCCGACAUUGUAAAGAAUCUAGACUCUGUUGUUGGAAUCCCUGCUGGCAGAAUAUAUCUUGCCUACAACACCAAAUGGUGGAAGAACGGCAACCCUGACAUCACCCACACGAAGAGUGACCAGCUCAACAGACAGACCUAUGACUGGUCUACCGGCACAAACAACGUCUCCAUCAUCAUGGCGUCCUAUCACGACGGGGACUUGGCCCACUACUGGCGAGAGUUGAGUCAGUUCGGGACGCCAAUCCCUGGCAGUCUCCCCGGAGUGAAUGCCGUCACGGACGUCGUCAAGAACAGAGCUGAGAAGUUCUUAAGCGCCAUCUACAACGUCAGCCAAUCUGAUAUCCCCGAAGCUGUUGGAGGCGCAAUGAUGAUGUGGGACAAAUAUCCUUUCUAUGCUGCUUGGGAUUACUUCAAACCAGGCUUUGACGAAAGAACGGUUCGUGACCUGGUGUAUAAACCAUCUGUAUCGGAUCAUAUAUACAUUGCUAGUAAUUCUUGGGCACCUCGGAAUCUUCAAGAAUGGUGUGAGGGAACACUGAUAGCUGUUGAUGCUGUAAUCAAUAGAUAUUUCAAGGACAGUAACUAGCAUAAAAAUGUAUAUGAACUUCUACAAUGCUUAAACAAUACAUAUCUAUUAUUUGAAGGAAGAAAAUCAUUUCUCGCCAGUAUGUAUGAAUGUAUUAUUCUACAAUAUUGUUGCUCUAAAGUUAACCGGUAUAUACAUCAGUUAUCAAGAAUAAUGCGUAUGCGAUGUGUAUAUUAUUCGCUUACCAUUCCGUGUUUAUUACUCUUUUAUAUACUGCAUAAUGUCUUUUAGAAAUAUAUACAGCAUUUGAGUUUAAGUCAUUUGAUCAUGUAACUUUGACAAAAUAAUUCGUAAAUAUAUAUAUCAUGUGUGAUAUGAUUCUAAUACAUGUAUC